CUUACGCGGCAACGAGCUUCAAAGAAAAUUAAUACCUUAUAAAUAUAAUAGUUAUAUUAAUGACGCUAACGUAUUUCGGGUCUACUGAACCGGAACUAUGCUAGUCUCUUAAAAUAUACACAUUCAGUGUGUUAGUUCUACAUUUUUUCGCAUGACGCUGACUGUUGUCUAUAGGUGUUUCGUAUUCAUAAAACGACGCGAAUUUUCAGCAAUAUGUCAUCAUAUUUUUGUGUGUAAUAUUUUUAUUUCAAAAUGAAAGCUGGACAAUCAUUAUGCAGAGAAUUGGAUUUUUAUUAAGGGCCUAUGGCUUGAAUGUCGGCACUUAUUCUUACCUGUCGACAAGCAUAACUAUGAGGUGCAACAAAAGUCAACUGGAAUAAACGAGUUCAAGCCUUAAAAUCCGAGUUUCCACUUAACAUGAACGUGCGAGUGUGCACUACAUCAGUCGGGCAAAAUCUCCAUUGCAACGAACUGCACGCUAACAGAGAAUUUCCCUUAUUUUUUAAUAGUUUAAAAACAAGGCUCUAGAGCCUUUCAUUCUAGAGCCUUUAUAAUCACGUGUUACAUAACGUUUUGCGGUAGACAUUCGAGUAAUAUAGCAGCGACAGUGAUCCGAUGUCAAUGUGGCGCGAUGUUACUUAAGACUGACAACUCGGUAGCAAAUACUGAUCGCCGGACCACAUGCCCACCGCGUACAAUGAUGAAGCGCACUUAAUAGUUAUUAAUUGUUGACAACACCUUUUCUCAGUAUAACUUCCAACUGGUAUUCAACAAAACAAUCCCAGACUGUUCCGAAUGUACAUAUAUAUAUAUGUACGUGUUCGGAACAUCACUGGACUUUUGCGUCUCGCCUCGCUCUUUUUUUACUUCGAUAAUUUCGAAUGAUAUUUUUGGGGAGGCUGCGGAACUCUAAUGCUGUAUCUGAAUCUCGUUACAUGUUUGAUCCUUGGCCAGUAAUCUAGUACUGCGUCUGAUCUCUGUAAAUAAUAGCUGGGCGUACGGUCGCCAAUCCGUACUAACUAAUGACGAUAGCAGUUGCUACGUAAACAUCUAACACCAACAGCGUUGCCACAAAGCAGCUGAAUAUGACGAUUAACGACAGCACACUUUGUACAUAGUGCCGUUAUGUUUCCCCUACGUUUAUAAUUGAAAAAAAAAAAAGAAAGUCAUAGAAUUAGUUUUUUUUGCUAUUUCUAUUUGAAACAGAUCGAUGCGACGGAUAUGAUUUUGAUUAGGGGAAGUGGGAUUUCAAAAAUUAAGCACUUUAGCAAUAGAACAACUGUUGUCAAGUGCACAGAUUCGUUGUUAGAUUACCCCGUAUCUGUUCUUAUAAUUAACAAGCCAUUCAUGGCUGUUGGGUGCUUGGCUACUAAAUAUAGGGAGGUCGUCCAGGUUCGAAACCGAAUGUAGACAUACUGUGUUUCGUGCUUGAGGCCAGCCGUCUGAAGCAAUGCCUAAUGCUAUAAGUGUACAUAAGUGGAAAGCGGCUGUUCAAGCCCAAGACUAAAAAAACCAUUGCAACAGAAGGAAUAGCAAAUUUUCAAAGUGACGUUAGAAACGUGUGUAACGGAUGCCGUGCCUAAACAAGCUGUGUAUUACUUUUUAUUCAGUUUAAUAAUCGUGCAGUUGAAGCGUUUAACGAUGACCUGAUCAAAGCAACUCGGAUUGAGGCUCUCUUAUGACUCAAGCGUACACGCUCGUCCUGACGCCCUGAUGCACUCGGCCUCUAUCGACACUGUCACAUGUGAACCAUUUUCCCCAACGUCGCUAUUGCAUAUCAUUAAUAAUAUAUCAUAUACGUUAUUUAGUUUUCUAGAGUAGCAUAGUGAGAGUCGUUCUUUUCUCGACAUAUCUGUUUACUGUUACUUCUAACGUAUUGGAGAUCAAUCUAAUUUCGACUGGAUCACCGGUCAUUAGUCACUUAUGAGGAGCAGCAGUAGCAGCUUUGAUGCCGGCACGUUUUAAUCGUUGCAACUUCCUUGCAGCGUGUAACAGGCGUUGCAUCCACACCACGUAUGAUCAUCUCACAACAAAAGAGAAUGCAAUGCAACAUAAACUUGGGUUUUAUCGAUUGCCAACAUAUCUAGCUUUUAGCAUUUAGACAGACGUAGAUCACAAAUGAUCAUUAAGAUAUCUUCCAUCGGCAGCGUCCCCACUAUCGCCAUUGCGAACUAGGCUCUUGUACAGACUCAAAGAACGUUUCGAGCAUAGCACAAUCUAGUGUAAUGCCUUCUGUGUAUGUUUGGCGUCAUGUUAUGAAAUAUGUGGUCGCCACCAUCUCCAACGAUUGGAUGCUACAUAUCUGUUUUGGUCGAGAAUAUCCCACAUAACGCAGAACUCAUAGUAGUCAUCGACUGUUUGUUCACCACCGAGUCAGUUGGGGAUACGAGCAUAUGUGGCACAAAAGACAGUAUAAGAUAGUCGUAAAGUACGAACCGUGCUGAGCGAACGCUUAAAACGUUGUCAAAUAUUAACUCAAGACCUACGAAUGUGGAAUUGUUUACAGCCAAUGUGUGUGUAUAUCCUGGUGGCACAGUGCCUACACAUUACGUGAAAGCGGUACUAGCGGCAGGUGCUGCUGGGCAACUAUGACCCUUUCGCUCCAUAAGACUCUACAGAAAAAUCGCAAUGCUAUCUGGAGCUGCAUCAAAACGAAAGCGUACAUUUGCGUAGUUUGUCGCCGUGCUAGUGUCUUUCAAUAGCAAGCACGGGUUUGCCGAUAACAUUCUCUUUUUGUUAAGAUUUCAACAAUACUGAGAGUCUACUCAGUUGGUGUAAGCCAGUCCCUGGAAGAGUCCCUGCUCAAGAUAUAAAUGGUUGCACUAAACCAGCUCUGUUCGCCAAAAUUUUAAACUAUUGCGUCCGCGCUCCCAUUGCGCAAUGAUGGAGUAUUAACGGAGAAUCCAGUGAAAAGUUGCGUGACAUUGAUCACUGUAUAUCCCGGAACAGCAAAUUGUGCAUAGGAUUAUUGUGUAACGUUUUAAAUUUUCCUACCUAAGUGGUACCAAGUCAACCUCACAACCGUCGAUGAGGUCUAAGGACCCCCAAUGUGUGACUGCCGAGUACCUCCCGGUACAGUCGCCGUGCUCUUCAGGAAAUGACACAACAACUCAAGCGAUGACAGGCAAAGACAAGCGGGAAAUGGACUCCCUCUUACGGACGAACUCGGUCAGUUCGCUCGAGAGCGGUAAAACAGGUGCUCCCGCCGAAUCGGUAGCCGAUAACAUCUCAAUGGGAGGAAAUGGAGCAAGAUACCACUCUUUGACCACGAAUGGUCAAACAAUGAUGCACCUUUUGAAGGGCAACAUUGGCACAGGUGUGUUAGCUAUGCCCUCGGCACUUACCAACGCCGGUCUUCUCGUCGGCUCCGCCGGAAUCAUCUUGAUCGGUAUCAUCUGCAUCCAUUGCAUGCAUAUGUUACUGCGGUGCAACAGGAUCCUAUCAAAAAGAAAACAAGUUCGAUCGUUAGACUUUGCUGGUGUAACUCAGGAGGCUGUCGCCUGCGGACCGUACAGACUUCGGCCCUAUUCACGAGUAGCGGGAAAAAUCAUCAACGGCUUUCUAAUUUUAACACAAAUUGGCUUCUGCUGUGUGUAUUUUGUAUUCGUUGCUACCAGUGUACAGAAAGUUGCAGAAGGUGUCCUUCAUUUAGAUAGAGGGAAAAAUUUGCCGAUUUAUGCUUAUCUCGCAAUAAUACUACCGAUAAUGAUCCUGUACAACUACAUCCGAAGUCUCAAGACUCUUGCGAUUGCUUCAACGGUAGCCAACGUGCUUCAAAUGGGCGGCAUGGUUCUGAUUUUUUAUAUAAUUUUCAAGGACGGUCUGCCCAAUAUAUUAUCACGUGAUACUUACAAAGACAUUUCAAAAAUGCCGCUCUUUUUUGGAACCGCAAUCUAUGCCUUUGAAGGCAUUGGAAUUGUACUUCCGUUGGAGAACGAGAUGGAAAGACCACAGGACUUUGCAGGCCUCUUCGGUGUCAUGAAUACGGGCAUGUCACUUGUCGUCAUCCUGUACACAGCAGUUGGGUUUUUCGGCUACCUGAAAUACGGUGAGGCGAUCCAGGGUUCAAUCACUUUGAACUUCGACAGCGGGUGGUUAAGUGAGACGGUUCGAGGGAUCUUCGCUAUCUCGAUCUUUCUCUCGUACGCCCUUCAAAUGUACGUGCCGAUGCAAAUCUUCUGGCCGUGGUUAAAGGAUCGCUUUCAGCUAGCGUCCCGGUGCGCCCCGCACCAGCUACUUUACAUUGAAUUAGGCCUACGUACAGCUCUUGUGACCUUUACGUUCAUCUUAGCCAUGAGUAUUCCGGAGCUGGACUUAUUUAUUUCACUUGUCGGAGCGCUUGUGUCAUCCUCGUUAGCUUUAAUCAUUCCACCGCUAAUUGAGUUGUUUACCUUUUACGAUGAUGACGAGAUGAGUAAAAAACGAUGGUAUGCUAUGGUCAUCAAGAAUGUGCUUAUCAUGUGCUUUGGUAUCGCCGGUUUCGUAACGGGCACGCUUAUUAAUUUGGCAAAAGUAGCCAAAUGCAUUACAUCAGGCUACCAGAGAGAAGUUUAGAGUAACUGAAUGCUUAGGCGAGACUAGCAUCCCGUUUAAACACGGGGAAGCAUCAUUAUAAGGUAGAAGAAGAAGGAAUCUGUUAGUUCCCAUGUCCCGUCUGGUCGGGAAAUGAAGCGGCUGAACCUGUGAAUGGUGAAAAAAGGUAAGAAAGAUGGUGAUGACCAAAAGGCCUGUCAGGCGCUAACUUUUCUCGAACGGUUCAGUCGCGCACACAUCAGUAACCUCCCGUCUCUUUAUUUCUGUUUGAAAAAAUAAGCUCGUUUUGAUCUAAGCUGGUCUAGGUUGGCAGUCUAAGCUAGUUUGGGAACUGAAUAUGUCGACACGCACGUGAACUUGACCACACAUUCAAAUCAGAAUUCGCCAUCUUGAGCUGACACAGUGGUCUGUACUACCACACAUCGAGUUCUCAUUUUACCUGUAGUUGUGUAAAAGUUUGGUAACAUUCGAUCAUUUUUUUUCACUGAUCGAGGCCAUGGACGUAGAAUACGUCUUAGUUAAUGCAACGUCUUACGACCCCAGUUUCCCUUAAGUUCCAAAUUAUGCAUUCCGUAGCCUAGAAAUGCUUGUUCUGAUAUUUCCUCCUUCGAAUCAAUAGGUUGCUAAAACGCUAAUAAUGGCUGCCUAAUCUAAAACAAUCUUUUAGUGCAAAAGUCGACGUGAUUUGUGAUACGGUAUUCUAUAAAUAUACGACCCAUUAACGACUACCCUUUGUCCUUGAUUUUACGUUGCACAGCUGUUUUUUAUCCAAUGCAGAAAUCUUAGUGGCUAUACGAUAAUAUGUAACAAAACGUAACGGAACGAAAUUCAAAUGAGCCGCCGUUACCCCCAAAUAGAUAGAUUGUUGCUUUUACUGCACGCUCAUGCAUACAUAAAUAUGCAUAGUAGUGGUGACCAUGUUAAUGGUAAAGUCUCAUUUUUGUUUUAUAUAUAUGAAACACAUAGUGAUAUGAGACUGUUAAAACUAAUACGCCACUUGUUUGUUAGCGUAAACAUGCCUUUUGCAUGACGAAUGUGCGAUGAGUGUCACACAAACGACUUUUAUCGCAGUAUAAAGAAAAACACACACACACACACAUAAAUAUAACACAAUCAAACGGAACAAAAAACAGUAUUAAAUGCAUACAUCCAUUUCAAGUUGUAUAUCUUAUACGUAAAAAGUAAACAAAGACAUACAUUUAUAAAUGUUUACUACACGUUACUAAAAUGAUAUUAUAAGGUAUCUAUACAUUGAUUGCCGACCGCUAAAAAGCAAGCAUAUCUGCAAAACAUGUCGAUGUACUCCUAAGCCAGGAACUAACUUUGGAUAGUGUUUCUUAUCAACACUGGAGUCGAGGUUCAUGCAAACUUGAACGUCAAAUCGAGAAGAAGCCUAAAUACUAUACAAAUAUAAAGCGAUAAGUACUUCAAAGGACAGCGAAAGCAACAACAGUAGAAACAACAAUAGUACCAGAAAAGUUGCUUCUCAACGACAUUGAUAUGAAUGGGACAAAAAAAAAUACUUAAAACUAGAAAAAGAAAGAUAUAGAAUUUUAACGCCAGGCGGUAUAAUUACGCGCAAACUGUGUAAAUGUUAUUUAAAAUUCAGAUGUCACUAUUGAGUAAUACGGCUAUCCGUGCGCGACUACGUGACUGAUGGACUAACAAAGCGAGGCCGUGUGUUUAUAGGGGACGAAAGGGGAGAAAUCGUUAUAAUUAUCAUUGUCGUAAUGAUGCGUGAUCAAGGAUACGAAAAGCUGCAUAACGAAAGUGGAAUCCACGGAUCGUUAACAGUGAGACUUCAGCUUCGCUUUCGCGCAUACGCUGAGUAACGUGUCGCGAAAACAUGACCACUAAAAACUGAUGGCUAAUCGUGCCCUCUGUGUGCCAACAGCGGGCCUGUAUAUACCCGUGUGAUAAAAAAAAUAAUGAAAUAAACGAACGAGCGAAUGAAUGAGGAUCAAGGUAAUGAUUAAGUAGAAGAUGUGGGUUAUAAUUAUUAUAUUACAAAUAAAAAGCGAGCAAUUAAAAGGAAGAGCAACCGACGUAAGCAUGAGAAAAUAACCUAUUCCAGCUGCACUAGUCUCUUUACGUGUAAUAAUAAACGUAUAUAUAUUAACAAUAAAACAUAUAAUUCUAUUUUCCGUCGAUUAUACGGCAA